AUUAAUGAAACCAUCUUGAAUUUUUACUCUCUCUCUCUCUCUCUAAACCUACACACCCCACACUUUCUCUCUCUUAGGGUUUCGCAGAGAGCUUCCCAGUUGCGAGGAACAAGAUAAACAGAACAAUCUUUAGGGUUCUUGGCUUUCUUUCAACUUCCAGAGGAAGCCGCUGGGUUUGCGCUGAUCGCGGAAGUGUUAAUUUCUCACGGCUACUUCAGGGGAACGGUGAAUCGGCUUCCGAUUGCAGUUUCGUGAGCUGACGGUUUGAAGCAAUAUUUGAAUGUAAGGUUGUUUACAAGUUAUCAAGGGAGAGUCCCCCUGACCAUUUGAUUCUGCGUUGGUAAAUGUAGUGUAGAGGAUUAUGAAUGAUUGCUGUCAUGGACUUGAAUGCCUCGCCAGUACCUGAAGAAGAUGAGGAUACUUUUGAGAAUCAUAUAGAAUACAUUGCCCCAGAAGAACGUAUAGAGAGUGGAGCUGAUAUAGCACGGCGGGAGCGUGAAGAAAGACGUAAGCGAUUGAAACGAGAACGCCCAGAUGAAAAACCAGUGCAUGUUUCUCAACCCCCUGCAUACGAUUCAUAUCAAACAAAAAACCCCAAAGUUUACGACAAAUCUAGGCUCCCCAAUGGUUGGUUGGAUUGUCCGGCAGCUGGUCAAGAAAUAUGUUUCAUGAUACCUUCUAAGGUGCCACUGGGUGAAUCGUACAAUGAUUGUGUUCCUCCUGGUAAAAGAUACUCAUUUAAACAAGUGAUUCAUCAGCAAAGAGUUUUGGGAAGAAAGCUUGGUUUGGUGAUUGAUUUGACAAAUACUUCUCGCUAUUAUCUAACAUCAGAUUUGAAGAAGGAGGGUAUUAAGCAUGUCAAGAUUGCAUGCAAGGGGCGGGAUUCUGUGCCUGACAACCUUUCCGUAAAUCAGUUUGUAUACGAGGUUAUACAGUUCCUGUCACGUCAAAAGCAUUCGAAGAAAUAUAUUCUUGUGCAUUGUACACAUGGGCACAAUCGCACAGGGUAUAUGAUCAUCCACUACCUAAUGCGCUCAUUACCAAUUUCAGUCACUCAGGCAUUAAAAAUUUUUGCGGAUGCACGUCCUCCAGGAAUUUACAAACCUGACUAUGUUGAUGCUUUAUACUCAUUCUAUCAUGAAAGAAAGCCUGAUACGGUUGUCUGCCCCUCAACUCCUGAAUGGAAGACUUCAGAAUUUGAUCUUAAUGGCGAAGCUGUUGCAGACGACGACGACGACGAUGAUGGGGGUCCUGCUGCUCCUGUAAAUAAUGAGAGUCUGGAUACAAAUGGAUUGAUGACAAAUGAUGAUAUCUUGGGCGAUGAGAUACCUUGGGACCAGCAGGAGGCAAUGCGGCAGUUCUGCUAUCAGACUCUUAAGCUGGUUAAUGUUGGGCCUAGAGGAAACUCGCAAUUCCCAGGGUCGCAUCCCGUGUCUCUUAACAGGGAGAACUUACAGUUGUUAAGGCAACGUUAUUAUUAUGCUACAUGGAAGGCUGAUGGAACACGAUAUAUGAUGUUAAUAAUGAUGGAUGGGUGUUACUUGGUUGAUAGAAAUUUUAAUUUUAGAAGGGUCCAAAUGAGGUUUCCCUGCAAACACACAAAUGAUGGUUUAGCCGAGAAGACUCACCACUACACAUUACUGGAUGGGGAGAUGGUAAUUGAUACCGUGCCUGAUUCACAGAAGCAGGAGAGAAGAUACCUGAUCUAUGAUAUGAUGGCAAUCAACCACCUUUCUGUCAUAGAGCGGCCUUUUUAUGAACGGUGGAAGAUGCUUGAGAAAGAAGUCAUUGAACCUCGGAAUUAUGAGCGCCACAAUAUAUACCAAAGUAGGAAUCCUUACUAUAGAUAUGACCUGGAACCAUUCAGGGUGAGGAGGAAGGACUUUUGGUUGCUCUCAACUGUAAACAAGCUUUUGAAGGAAUUUAUUCCAAGGCUUUCGCAUGAUGCAGAUGGUCUUAUCUUUCAGGGUUGGGAUGAUCCUUAUGUUCCCCGCACACAUGAAGGACUUCUAAAGUGGAAAUAUUCUCAUAUGAACUCGGUUGAUUUUCUCUUUGAGGUAACUGAUGAUGAUCGGCAGCAUCUUUUUCUGUAUGAACGUGGAAAGAAGAAACUAAUGGAUGGAAAUAGAGUUGCGUUUAAAGAUGGUGAAGACCCCACUUCUUAUUCUGGAAAAAUAAUCGAGUGUUCUUGGAACGGUGAAGAACAAGAAUGGGUCCCUAUGCGCAUCAGGACUGACAAAUCAACUCCAAAUGAUAUCAAUACGUACAAGAAGGUCAUGCGAAGCAUAAAAGACAAUAUCACGCAGGACAUCUUGUUGAAUGAGAUCUACGAGAUCAUUCGCCUGCCUAUGUAUGCUGAUAGGAUACGGAGUGAUAGCAAAGCAGCCCAGCAGCAUGCAAAUGCAGCACGAAGGAGGUGACUUGCGGAGGUUUUAGCAACACUGGAGUUUCGUGCAAAGGUUUGCUGAUAGCAGGUUAGCUUAGUGCUGAGGCUGCCCUCGGACACCUGCUUGGCAAGUCGUUCAGAGUUCUAUAUGGUCGUAUCAGCUGGUGAAUCACAUAUUCAGUGUAACUUCCUAAGCCUAGCUAUAAUUCGUAAUGAGUGCUGUUCUGGCGAGUUGUUUGAUCCAGUUUGGUACGGCGAUAGCCCCUGGGAUUGCUGUCACAUUUAUUUGGUUCUGAUAGUAGUUCAGAUGAAGAGGAGUAGGGUUAGAGUCAGAUGUGUAUAUUUUGACGACGAUAUUGUUAAGUUGUUUAAAAGGUAGGCAUUUUUUUAACGACCUAAGUUUUUGCCUUUCCCUUUUCAUGUGAAUAUAUAACUUUGGGAAUAGGCAAGUAAACGACUCUACUCUCUCGAAACCCUGGUUUUAGUUA